GUUUCAAACUGAGCGGAGCAAGAUAACUUUGAGUGGCCCAGAUUUCCCACGAAUCAAAAUUUCCCGACGAUUAAUAGUUUUAAUUAACUAUAAUGAGGUCGGUCCUCAUUCAACGCAACUCAGGAGUGGGAUCUACUCUAUAGAAUGUUGGAAGUUGUUCAUUAUGAUUCUGCUAACUCUAAUGUCUGAACUCAACGGGAUCGGAAGCUGUGGCUGAGCCCAGUCUUAAUGUAUUUUUUAAUGUUCUUUUCACCAGCUCUGUGUAAUGAAGAUAGUGUUUUGACCAGGAAGUCUGAGAAACAGGCAGCAGGGACCGUUGCAUCGACGAUAAACGGGGACCUCAAGUUGUCCUUCACGUGAAGAUCUGGGUGAGCAGAAAUGUUCCAUUUUUUCAGCAACCAUCGAGUGUGUAUAUAUCUAAUACUGGAGUUGGAGUCCAUCCUAUUAAAUCAAGUUAUACGUGAAGCCGCACAAAGGGAAUUAAAUGUGUGCUUAUCUUGUCAAUUGAUUCUCACUUUCAGGAGUUGGAGAGUUCUGUGAAUGUGUGUCUGGCAGAGACAAAAUGCAGCGUGUGAAGCACUUACCCACUGGAAUAAAAUGGACUUCAAUGAAGCUCUGGACAGGAAGCACUCCUAUGAAUCCUUUGACUAGUGCAUGCAGGACAACAUCUGGAAGGUUUCAGCAUGGGCCACUGCCAAACGUGAAGCAGAUUAUCUUCGCAAUUGCUAGGAACUUAAAUCCCUCCAGCAUUGGAAGGCCUGGAUCUGCGCAGCAUUACCAAUGUGCACACCCCCAGUGCAGGGCCCUGAACACCAGCUCUGCUCAAGCAGAUCCCAUUGAAGAGCACAGAAAGCGACUGAGAGCUUGGUUUGGUUUUCUGCCCAGUGAGGAAAAGCAGUUUGGCUUAUUUUCAGUGGAAAACUGGCACAUCGAUCCAGUGAUUGUUGAAAGCUCUCCUGAAGAGAACAGGGAACUCACAGCAAGACUCGGAAUCUACAGUCACAUUGAACCCAAAGAAUCCAAGAUCAUAAAGCUCAAUGAAGUGUUCUCAACUGGGUCCAUUGAGUCUCCGGUGAAGAAUGUGGUUUUGUUUGGGAUAGUGGGAAUGGGGAAGGCAACAGUGGUUAAGAGGCUUGUCUUGGACUGGUGUGAUGGUGAGUUAAAUCAGUUUGAUCUGAUCCUCCCAUUCUCCUGUGAAGAUUUGUCCUCACAGAAUCAGUCCAUUUCUCUGAACAAGUUGAUCUGUCAGAAGUAUACUCAACUGAAAUCGAUUGCCCCUCAAAUUGGGUCAGGAAAAGCAGGGAACGUCCUCUUUAUUUUCAAUGGUCUGGAGCAGCUUAAACUUGACUUUCGCCUCUUAAAGAACAGACUUUGUAAUGAUCCAAAUGAGCCCCUACCACCUGGCAACUUGCUAGUCAACCUGCUUCGCAAAUACAUGCUCCCAGAUGCCAGCAUCCUGGUCACAAUGCGUCCUUCAGUCUUGCAUUCAAUCCCAACCAAGUAUGUAGACAAGUACACCCGUAUCUGUGGUUUCAGUGAUGUUGCACAGCAGUAUCUGUACUUCAGAAACAGGCUGGAAGUGUCUCAGGACAAUAAAACCAAUGAAGAUUUGCUGACGAUGCUCUAUAAGAAUUUGGAAAGACAAAGCCAGAUCACAGCAGGCUGCUUUUUACCAUCCUACUGCUGGCUUAUCUGUGUUACGCUGCAUUUCCUCCACUUUACCACUGCGAACAUGCCUGUUCAGACACUGACUGGCAUCUAUACCAACUUCCUGAGAUUCAAUUUUGGUGGUGAAAUUCUAGACUUCAGCAAUCAGCAAAGCAUGUCGAUUGUGCGAUACAUUGCCAAAACGGUCGGCAAGCUUGCCUAUGAGGGGAUAGAAAAGAAGACUUCAUUUUUCAGCAAAGAGGACCUGCAGAGAUGCUUUGGAUUGGAUGCCAUGUCAGAGGAAGAGUUGAAUCAGGUCACGACAUUUCAGAUUGAUAUGCUGGGCUUUUUCAUGUCUCCUGUUGCUCAGUCUAGCUGUGAACCCCUUCUCAGGUUCACCAUACCUGCAAUGCAAGAGUACUUGGCUGCCCUGUAUGUUGUCUUGGGUGAGAAGAAAACCAUCUUCGAACAAGUUGGAAACAUGGUGUCUGAAACCAUUGGAAAAGCCAGUGAAGAUGUGACUGCAAUUUUGACUAUUGUCUCAAAACUGCUGCCAUUCAGAAUUCUGGCUUUUGUAAGGCUAAUAAAUAUUUUCCCACGGAUCUUCGGAAAAAUCAACUGGAAGAGCAAGAAGGCAAUCGCUAACACCAUAAUCUUUGAAAUGUUCAGGCAAGAUGAUGAGUUCAACAACGAUGUAUUGGAACAAAUAAAUAGCAGCAUUCUUGGAGAGAGGGAAAGUGGUGGAAAAAUGGAUGCUCAGUCCUUUGAGCUCUUUCCAACUUUCAUGGCUGGUUUACUGGCUCAGGAGAAUUGCGCUCUCCUAAAUCAGCUUGGGUGUACAAUAAAGAAUGUAACCGUGCGUGAAAUAGCAAAUAACUUGAAGAAGCAUCUCAGCAGCACUGUCAGUCAGCAAUUGGCUCCUUCAGAGCUCAUGGACCUGCUUAUCUUCCUGUAUGAGCUGCAGAAUGAUGCUUUUUCUGGGGAGAUCAGCAGAACCUUAAAUAGUUUGAAUUUAUCUCAAGUUAAGAUGACUUUAUUGAAGUGCAUUGUGAUUGUGUCAGUUAUGAGUACGUCGAACCAUCUAAUCGAGAUGAUGGGCUUCAGCCUCUGCAACUUGUCAGGAGACCACAUAAAAAUCCUCCACCCAAUUCUUCGGAGAUGCAAGAAUUUGAAUUUGCAGUUUAACGAUUUGGAGAUUGGUGCCUGGAAGGAGAUUAGCAAUCUAUUACAGGAUCCAAACUGUGCAAUAGAAAAUCUGUGGCUUUGUCACAACGUGUUGUCGGAGGCUGCGAUUAACAGUAUUGGAACUUCCAUCACUCAGAAUCGUUCUAUUUCCCAUUUGUCUUUGUUUCAUACGUCACUUGCUGAUGACGGUCUGAGAAUCCUUAUGCCGUACAUCAGGGGUAACACAAACCUAAAGGAGAUUAACCUCGGCAAUAAUCUCAUCACUGAUGAUGGUGCAGUGGCCCUUGUGGAGAUGGUCAAAGAACACCCAACGCUGGAAAAAGUUCACCUUUACUUAAAUGAGCUCAGCGUCUGUGAAAAGGAGAAGCUACAGGCGCUCAGACAGGACCCAGAAGGAGUGAACGUCCUGGUGUCCAUCACAGAAAGGUCAAGUGAUUCCAUGCCCUGGACACUGACCCUGAAGAACAUUGCGCGGAACGCAGUAAACCUGGAUAAGCAGAGCGCCGAGGAAUUCCUGCAGCUCCUGCGGGACGACCUGAGCUUCAGCUGGCAGCAGACAAGGAACCCGUGGAAAAAGAUGAAACUCCUGCAGGUUCAAAACCAGUUUGAGUACUUGCAGCAACAAGUCCAGCAGCGGAAGAAAUAGUUGUGGUCUGACAAGCUCUCUCUGCUGUGGGAUUUUAGAGGGAUGGGAUUUCAUUCUGGUGACAAUCUAUCUGCCAUCUGUAAUUGUGCCUUUCUUACCAGGGUGUAUAGCUGCUGUCCAUUAUGAUAUUUACACUCUCUAAAAUUAUUCUGAAAUCUCUGGGCAUUGGAUUAUGUUCCUUGGACAUUGCACUAUUAUUUCAAGAUUUGCACUAUGACUUCUUGUAGCACUUAGUAUUUGGUUAACAACAGCCAGUAAUGCUUCAAAUCUUUAACACAACUUUCGGGCUGAGACCCUUCAUCAGAACUUUAAAUCUACUGCUUACAACAAGUGGGAAAACAAUAACCAUGGAAGUGGCCAAUAAUGUCCCCAGGAGCUAGAAGGUUAUCAACAAAAAAAACAAAUACUUGAAUUUUGAAAGAAAAUGUGCUCUGUCGACUUGCAUGCAUUUGAUUAUCACCCCUUUCCUCAGCAUUUGUACACAAAAACAGAAAGUAAAAUUUCUUCAGGCCUUUGAUGGAAUGAAUGUUCCUGCAGAGAGUGGAACUUGAAUACAGAUGAAGCGCUUGGAGAAAGAGCCAGAGGCUGGUUGGGGUCAGGAAUAGGCGGGGUUUGUGGAUGGAAAGGGAGUGAAGUUUUAAAUAUAGAGGGUUAUUGUAUGAGGAAAUGCACUGCCUAACGAAGAACAUUAAAUGGAAGAUUUAUUAGGGAGGGUGGAUUAGGUAUGGAUGAAGAAUUGUAGAUUUUUUUAAAUCUCCAUACCUCUAUUUAUUGCUGAUAAUCAGUACUUUAUGGACAUUAAUGGGGGACUUGAUUUGAGUUUUUCCAUGUAUGAUUGGAGACCCUUCAGACUCUUUGCUGUGAAGCACUUUGGAGCAUUUAAAAUUUAUGCUAAGAUUCCAUGCAGAAUCAGGUUUAUUAUCACUGACCUAUGUCAUGAAAUUUCUUGAUUUGUGGCAACAGUAUAGAGCAAUACCAAAAAAAAACUAGAAAUUACAAUAAGAAAUGUGUGUGUGUGUGUGUAAAAAGAGAGCAGAAGUACUGCAGAAGUUCAAGGGUUCCUGUGCUGGCUGUUCUAUAUUCUAUAUAAUGGAUAGGGAAAAUUUCCUUUGUAAUGAAAAGUAUAUUCUGUAAAGACAUUGUAGUGUGAUUUUUAAUUAAAAGCAAUGAAAAUAUG